AUGUCUGUAUUAUAUUCUCCUCGUGAUUCACGCCCAAUAUUGAGCGUGAUCGCUCUGCUUGUUUGCUUGUGCUGCUCUUUGCUUGUUCACGCUCAACAAGAUUUCAAGACCACUACCAAUCCAUUCGAGUAUACCACUCAAUUCCAACUCUCGAUUGUUGCUGAUACCAGUGCUGUUUUAGGUCCAGUUACUAGAUAUCCAGAUGCGCAUGAAAAGGCUACUUCAUUCUUUAGAAAUCAAUAUGGUGUGGAUAUUUCAGAGGGUGGUGCUAAAUUACCUCGAGGUGCUCAAGUAAUGGAAGGCUCAUCAUCCACUUAUGUGGUGAAUUAUGCCAAAGUGAAAGGCUUCCCUGUGGUGGCUGGUUCUCAAGAUUUGGGUGUUCAUGAUGAUACCAUCUCAGUCAUGUUGACUGAACCUACCGUGGUUCAUGGAGCUUAUGGUGGUCCCAAUGGUACAUGGGCUCCUGCCAACUCGGUCUUGAUUUUCGGUUACUAUACCUUCUUUUAUAAGAACAAUGGUUCUGUUGCCUUCCCAAGAGUUACUUUCAUGGGUGAAAUGCCAAUGCAAUUCAUGCCUGAUGGAACUCUCUUGGUGGAUUGUCGUUUGAAGAGUGUGGUUUGGGGUGAAGGAAUGGCCCGUGGAAUUGUGACUUAUGCUUUUGAUCCUGUUGAAAACAAGCCUUACGUGAGAGUCUUCAGCUCUCAUACCUAUCCAUCGAUUCAGAGUGAUGUGGCUCCCAAGUGUGCGUAUCAUACCACUGAACGAUUUGCCUAUAAGGAAGAUUUCGUUUCGAAAUGGAACAAUGUCUUGUUAAGUAUUGUUCGUUCAAGAAAGACUGCUCCUCCUGUUGCUGCACGUGCCAUGGCCAUUCUCAAUUCUGCGGUUGAUGAUGCCUUGUCGACCUGCAAGAGAAAACGAUUCAGCUCUCGAAAGUGCUCUCAAGGAACCUUGAUUGCUACCAUCUCUCAUGCUGCGUAUCGUGUGUUAGCUAGUUUAUUCCCUGAUGAAAUUGAGUGUUUUACUGUGGCUUUGAAGAGAGCUUUGGAACAUUCUCUCGUUGCUGCUUUGAGUAAGAAUGAUUUGGAAGAUAUCAAGAGAAGUGCUGUGUUAGUGGCUGAUCGUGUCUUACGUUGUCGUGAUAACGAUGGUUCCAAUGAUUUUGUCGAUUAUCAAUUCUCUGAGGCUGAGAAUGCUUGGAAACCAACAGCACCAGCCUAUCAACGAUUCCCUUCAUUGCCACAAUGGGCAAAGGUGGAUCCAUUCGCCAUCAAUGAGGUAUCAAGUUACAGACAAGGUGCUCCUCCAGCCAUCGGUUCUCCUCAAUAUGAAGCUGAUUUGUUGGAAGUUCAAACAUUGGGAGCAAACAAUAGUGCUGUUCGAACCUUUGAUCAGAGAAGAAUUGCACUAUUCUGGGCUGAUGGUGCUGGUACUGCAACUCCACCUGGACAUUGGCUUGUCAUUACUCAGAGUGUCAUUCGUCAACGAGGUUUAUCCGAUUUGUACAAAAUUUCUGCACUCUUCAAGUUGGUGAGUGUGGCUGUUGCUGAUGCAGGCAUUGUUGCUUGGGAUCACAAAUAUUAUUACAAUACUUUGAGACCAUUCACUGCCAUUGCUCAAAGAAAUAGAAAUUCAAAUUGGUGGCCAUUCAUUCCAACUCCUCCUUUCCCUGAGUAUGUGAGUGGACAUUCGACCUUCUCUGCUGCGGCUGCUCGUGUCUUGAGUCUUGCAUUGGGUACUGAUGAUAUUCAAUUCGAGACUGUUUCUGAAGGGUAUAUUCAACAUGUGAGAACAUUCUCAAGUUUUUCCAGUGCUGCCAAGGAAGCUGGUAAAUCAAGAAUUUACGGAGGUAUUCACUUUGAAUAUGGAAAUAAGGCUGGUUUCAAUGCUGGUGUUGCAGUUGGUAAUACUGUAUUCAAUGUCUUGUGCAAUGGAGGUUCAUGUAUGAAUUAA